AUGCAGCGCAGUCCAGCGAUUCAGCCUAUCUCCAACACCCUUGUACGGGAAACAGGCAUCGACAAUCUGUUCAAUAGUAUAUUUCGAAGCGCAGACAGUACCGAGCUUCCUCUCGCCACUCUGACCACCAACGGCGAGUCGAUCAAAGGUGUCCUCAAUCGCCUCGUAGCAGAAGAUACCCCCGAGAGCUACAUGUCGUACUUGAUGCUGUCCACGGCAUUCGACUUUACUAGCACCCGAGACACGAUCAAAUUUGUUGAGGUCCAGACAUAUAUCGCGAAAUGGAUGCUUCCCAAGCUAAGCGCAAUCGAACUCACCUACUUCGCUGCCAUCAACGAUUUCAACGACCUCCUGGUUGCAGUGCACACAAAGCUGGAGGACGACGAGGAUGAGACAGUAGUAUUCGGCGAGAUGCUUGUCUUCGUUAUGAAGUUCGGCGCCUACUGGCACAAGCACAACUUCAUGAAUGCGUACCGGAAGUAUAACGGCAUCAACACCAUCUGCGGGAACGUACGCGCGUGGUCUCGCGAGGAGGGUACCGAGGGCGAAGGCAGUGAAGGCCGUGGAGGCGAGGCUGGUACGGGAAACUGCGCACUCAAUCUACAAGAGACAGGCUUCAAGGAAUCUUCUGGGGAUAGCGGAAAUCUGCGUGUGCCCUUUUACCAUUACUUUCAGUAUCUCAAUGAUUUUUGGGAGCCUUCAAGGUCGGUCUUUUCGUACCAUCAGUAUACUCACCAGCCACCGCUUCGCACGGUGGCUGAUAUAUGUCUUGGCGCCUCCCGCGCGUCUACUGCCCAUCUGAUGCGUAAACAAACACUCCGACCUCUCAACCCACACCUCCGCACCUCCGCACCACAACAUCGAAGACCCUCAACGUCCAGCAUUCCUGAUAUGUACUCUCAAAACCACCAGAAGUGCGGCAAUUCUAGGCUUCGAACCGUUGGAGAUUCGCAGCCGCCACAGCAGAUAUGGGAACAGCCAGCAUACUACAUUCACGGCCUUUACGGCAAGAAAGUCAGAUCCCUCGACGGCAUUCGCCAGCACCAUUUUGCGGCUGCUACGCCAAAACCUGCCUCAACUCGCGGAAAAUCCGAGGAUUUGGACAGGGAGGAUAGCUUCCCUAAUGAGGAAGAUUUGAUACCCGGUGUUCUAGAUGAUCUUCUUACUCCCGAGGAGAUGAUGCGACGUCAGUCACGGGUCCAUGUCAACAGUGAACUGCCGAUUCCAGUCCCAGCCGCCAACCAUCCGUCGGACGUCCGUCCAAUCAGCCUCCAAAAUAUACUCCACGUCGUGAAUGAUGCAGAACCUUGCGAUACCCUCAGCCAGCUUCAGGGGUUCUGGCAUAAGAACUGGAGCCUUCAGAACCGCUUAUUCAACCUAAUGGCCGAUUGCGCCUUCGAAUACACCAUCAGCAGACCCCAGGAGAGCGUCGUCGUCGAAGCCGAACUCCGUCACAUGCUCGUCACUCGAAAACUCCCGUCCCAGAGCACCGUCAUCGGCAUCAACAAACUGCGGCUUGCUUUAAUGAUGGUUCUGGAGCGAGAGGUGACGCUGGCGCCUUUACAAAAAAGUACUGUAUAUGGCGAGGUAUUGAUGUUCGUCAUGAGGUUUGGUGCGGACUGGCAGAAGUAUGAGGCUCUGAAGCUCUUCAGGAUUUGGCAUGGGAUUCCUUCGGCGGAUGGGGAUGAUAUCUUUGAUAUGUCUCACCAUCCGGAUGCGCCGUUCGUUGAGGGUUUGUAGGUUACGUGAAUGCGAGACUUCUUGUUUUUAAUGCAUAGGCCACCACGUUGUAAUUAGUAAUUGAAC